UUUGAGUUAUAUUUUCGCUAGCGCUAUGAGAACCAUACGACAUGAUAUAUGCUGAUCUGACUGAUCAUGUAGUCGUGAGGGUUGCCUACUUGCUUGCUUCCAAGGGGUUGUUGGGGAUGGAGUCCGUGGACGGGAAACUUAAUAAACCUAAGAAUUGCAUCAACAUAGACCUUCUAACAUAAUUAACAUUUCUUUAUAUUUUGGGACCCAAUUUUAUUUUGUUAACAACUGUAUAUAUAAAACCCAUAAUAUUUUGGAGUUGAUAUUACUGUGCUGGCCUGUUAAGAAAAAACAUUAGUUAGGGGUUUAUGACUCAAUCCACACACUUGAAUUGGUUGCUUCUUUCUCAAGAAACUAAAUAGGUUUAUGCCAAUUGUCUUUCGAUUCCCUGUUUCCUUUCUUAUAUUUCUUCAGCUUGUUAAGUUGAUUUGAUUAUUUUCAACCGUUGAGAAAAAAAGCUCUUAGUAAACCUAAGAAUAACGGCUAACCUCCAACGGUAAUAUAUAGUCUCUGCUUCUACAAUAUUUAGAAUAGCCUUAGGAGAAUCUAAAGUGUUUUGAUAGAAUUAAGAGCAGUGAUAAAUAUAGUCAAAGAUUUUUCUCAUUUCAAACUUUUCUAAUAAUAACCAUAAGAGUUAGAGAUAGAGAAAGAGAGAGAUUUUGUUUCCGGACUGAUUUUGUUUCCUAGAUUUUCUUUCAUUCUUUGUUGAAAAGGGUUGAAGAAAAACACAAAUCUUUCUUUCUUGGCGCACCUUUUUUAACAGAAUCACCUGAAAAUAUUCAUUAAGAAAGAGAGAAUCUGAUCUCUUUCUAAUGGAUUCUCCUGAUUAAAUAAUACUUUGGUUGAGAAAUCGAUUUUUCGAUUUCAAACCUCGCGAUGUCAAGCGGGAGGCUUUGCGGCUUCACGCCGAUAACCUUCUGUCGCAAGAUCUCAAGAUUGCAGGUCGCAAGAGGACUUGCUCUAAAAAGGCUUAUCAAGGGAAAACACGAAUUUAGACGCGCAUCAACAUCAAAGAAGAACAAUGUCGAAAAAAAGAAAAAUAAAGAGAUCAAACGCACAGUUUCACAAAUCUCUUCUUCUGUUGCACAAGCUUCUCCAAAGAGUUUCAAUUCUACAAAACAUGUUUCUACUCCCCGUGCUACCGCGUCUCCUUUGUCAGUAAAGAAUGGAAAGAAGAAAGCCAAUACACCGAAAAAGAACACUUUGGAGGGUUCUUCGCCGAAAUGUUCAGCAAAUUUCAUUUUGAUGGUGGAAUUAAGGAAGAACAUCUUUGCUUUUAGAGAUAUGAUUGAUUUACCUUCUCUUGAUGGCUCUUUAUCUGUCACCGAGAUUAUAACACAAACGAUGAAAGAUCUACAAAAGCUUUCUCCUGAGAUUGUAACCAUUAAUCAAUCUUUUGAAAUGGAAGGAGCUGACAUGGAUAAGAUGUUAAUAUUCUUCUACGAAGAUCUCAGAGCUAUUGGGGAUUCUUGGAUUAUGGAUAGUGACUGGAUUUAUCGAUCUAAGUACAAAAACAGUGGAGUUGGGAAGAAUAAGUCAGAUCGUCUAGUGGAGCAUGUAUUAGCAGCUCUUGAUGGACUAAUCAAGACAACAAGAGAAAGAUUUGGUAUGAUGGAUCUUGAAUCUGAAGGAAGAAAGAGUUUUACACCAAAAGGUGUUUCAUCAGAAGCAAGAAGAAGCUUUACAAGAUCUGCUUCUUAUUCAGAAAGUAACAAUUCUUUUUAUCCAUCUCCAUUAACACCAAGAUCAGUACUUCCAGGGACAAUGCUACUGUCUAGUAACUCAACAUCUCCAAGUCUAUGGAACUUAAGAGCUCAAGCUUUGGAUAGGUUAAGCCCUGUUGAUUUAAAGCGGUUUGCUAUGCAGAUCUUGUCACAAAGAGAUUCAGAGAGUGUUAAUGAAACAAAGAUUGGUAUCGAAGAAGAAAACGAAGAGAGUGAGAUAUUAGCAGAAGAAAAAGAAGAAGAAGAUAAUGAUUUCUCUGUUUUAGAAACAGAGCAUCAUAGGGAAGGUUCUGGAACAGAGCAUGAAAUCGAAGGUUCUGAAACAGAGCAUGAGAUUGAAGCAAAGGAUAGUAGCGAAGGUUGUGAAACAGAGCAUCAUAUUGAAGGUUUCGAAACAGAGCAUGAGAUUGAAACAGAGGAUCAUAGUGAAACCACAACUUCAGAGACUAACUCAACAGAAUAUUCUCAAAAAGAAGAUUUGCCUCCACCUCCACCACUUCCAUCACCGCAAACGCCGUCACCAACGGUCUCAAUGUUCAAUACGAAAUCUACUCUUCUCUCACAACCACCACCACCACCUCCAUCACCACAGUCGGAACCGGAACACAAAGCUCCAGCUCCUCCACCGCCGCCUCCAUCACCACAGUCGGAACCGGAACACAAAGCUCCAGCUCCUCCACCGCCGCCUCCUAUGUCAAAAGCAUCUGAAAGUGGAGAGUUUUGUCAAUGUCCUAAACUGCAAUCUACAAAUGGAGACAAUGCUCCUUCGAUGCCGGCCCCUCCUGCGCCACCGGGAAGCGGAAGAUCAUUAAAGAAAGCAACUAGCAAAUUAAGAAGAUCAGCACAAAUCGCAAAUCUCUAUUGGGUUCUCAAAGGGAAGCUUGAAGGCCGUGGCGUAGAAGGGAAAACAACAAAAGCAAGUAAAGGGAAAAAGAAUGUUGCAGAGAAAUCUCCUGUUAAAGGUGCAAGAUCAGGAAUGGCUGAUGCACUUGCAGAGAUGACAAAGAGGUCGAGUUAUUUCCAGCAAAUCGAAGAAGAUGUUCAGAAAUACGCUAAAUCAAUCGAAGAAUUGAAAUCUACAAUACAUAGUUUCCAGACAAAAGACAUGAAAGAGUUGCUUGAAUUUCAUAGCAAAGUGGAAUCUAUUCUUGAGAAACUAACUGAUGAAACUCAAGUUCUCGCGAGGUUUGAAGGUUUCCCUGAGAAGAAACUAGAAGUAAUAAGAACAGCUGGUGCCUUGUACAAGAAGUUAGAUGGGAUUCUAGUUGAGCUCAAGAACUGGAAAAUUGAGCCUCCAUUAAACGAUCUUCUCGAUAAGAUAGAGCGUUACUUCAACAAAUUUAAAGGAGAGAUUGAAACGGUUGAGCGAACAAAAGACGAAGACGCUAAAAUGUUUCAGAGGCACAACAUUAACAUCGAUUUCCAAGUUCUUGUUCAAGUCAAAGAAACUAUGGUUGAUGUUUCAUCAAAUUGCAUGGAGUUAGCACUAAAGGAGAGGAGAGAAGCGAACGAGGAAGCGAAGAACAGUGAAGAAAGCAAGAUGAGUAAUAUGAAGGAAGAGAGAGCUAAGAGGCUAUGGAGGGCUUUUCAGUUUGCUUUCAAAGUUUAUACAUUUGCAGGAGGUCACGACGAACGAGCAGAUUGUUUAACAAGACAACUUGCACAUGAGAUUCAAACAGAACCUGAUCAAACCGAAUCAUCGAUCAUGUCUUGAAAACCAGAAAAAAGCUUCAUCACAUGUUUUACUCAAUGAAACCAAGAAGAGAUUGAUGCUAGAAGAUGGUUUACAAUACUUUUUUUUGUGUGUCUCUAGUUUUGAUUUUGGACCAAUGCAAAGAGACAGAAACCAUUUUUUUUCAUUUCAUAUAUAUAUAUA